AUGAAAACUUUGAUCGCAGUGGUGGUGCUAGUAUCCAGUGCAGCUGAAGCGAUCAUUGGUCCAGGAAUUCUCCCGGGUGCUGUUUGUUGUUGUACGUGUAUGGUACCGGUUCCAGUACCAGCACCAGUACCAGUACCUGUACGGGUGCCAGUGCCGGUUCCCAUACGGACCCCUAUAAUGGUGCCGCGACCAUUCCCAUUUCCCAUGAUUGGUAUGGGUGGCAUGGGCGGCAUCGCUGGCAUGGCUGGCAUGGGUGGCAUGGCUGGCAUGGGCGGCUUGGGUGGCAUGUCUUCGUGUUGUUGUCCUUGUCCACAAGGCAUGAUGGGAGUUGGACAACAACAGGUCUGCACUCUGGUAUCUCCUAUACAGCUCCAGUCUUCCACAACAACGGCUGCUCCCGUGGGUGUACCUGACAUCAUCAAAGGGCCUUGCGGUGAGUUACCAUGA